GGGCGCUCGUCUGCGCUACACUUUUUUGUUGGUGCCAGAAAAUCCUCGGCAGUCGUUGCACCCUUGAGUGGCCUGGCCCCACCACUCGUUUAACUGGCCGGCUCACAGCCAAUCAUUUUUGGUUUGUAGCCUUACAACCACGAUGAGAUGUUGGCUGCCGGCCGGCGGGGGCCAACCAGCGUGGAAACUUUGACUCUCAUUACAAAACAUUCACAAAAAGAAAUUGCAGUAGCGGCGUAUGUAUCUGCCGGUUCUGUCACCAAGGAUAAGGCUGAAGAGCUCGCACUUGCAUCGUGAGCCAGCAAGGUUGCCGCGGGCAGCGGAGGAGAGAGAGCCUGUUGAGGCCACACGGAUCGCCCGAAGUCUUACAGAGAUGGCUAACCUAAUUAGUUUCUACUGCAAACAUCUUGUGACGAACAAAUGAUAAUGGAGCGACAAGUUUACAUUGUGUACUCCGGAGCCGCCGAUAGUAACCAACCUGGCCUGAUCGCCAUGUCUCAACAUCAUCAGCGUCGAGAUGAUCGCCAAGUCCAGUGGUUGCACAAGCUGAACAAGCAUCAUAGACGGCCAACAAUGCGAUGAGGCCCACUCAAGGCAGGCUUGCAAUAACUACAAACAAGCUGUGCCCAAGGACAAGGGGGUGUAAGACCAAAGCGGUCUCCUCGCCGUCGCAUCUUUGGUCAGUACAAUCGUGAUUUGGUUCCGCGGUACCCAAAUUAGACAGGGCCCAUCGGCCUCGACCCCGCCUUGAACUAACAAGGCGAAACUGCAGCCCCGUUUGGCCCCCGAAGCUAUUGCCCAGGUGGGAGGCGGCACAGGCUGCUUGUCAACGGGCUAACAACUCUCCCCGGCCGCCUAGCUCGACGGUUGUCAGCGGAGUUGGCCCACAAAUGAACGAGUGUGUACAAGAGUACAGUAGCUGUGCUGUGCAUAUUUAAGAGAGUCGUGGGGAUCGCUGCGCAAUGUGGCUGCGAGUGCAUCUGGAUCUCUCUCUAUAAGAGGCAAUGCGGCCCGGCUCACUGACACCUGCUACAACUCGACAUUGCUCAUCAAUCUAGAUCCUUCCAGCCUCUUACAUAUUACAGACGUCCACUUUCAUGACCAUGUUCGGCACACUCAAGUACGAUGCUGGUCAAGCAGACCUUAAAGUUGUUCGAAGAGACUACGACCCUGUCUCAGCGCAUUCUAGAAAGCAUCAGGCUUGCAACAGGUGCCACAGCAUGAAGGUGCACUGUAAUGGAGAUCGCGACGGAUGCGACAGAUGCAGUGCUCGAAACUGGAAAUGCACCUAUACAUAUUCAGAGUACCGUCCUUCAAAACGCAGCAGGAGAAGCAGGGCAAGUUCCAAGCUUGAAUCACCCCCUCGCGAAGUCAGCACUCCCUCGACCUCGCUAGAGGUUCCCAAACUCUACACAUUUGAACAAUACACACCACCAAAGACCCCGUCUCGCGACGGCGGCGAUCAGCGACCCAAAUCUUCAGAAGUCGACGUUUCUUUACAAGAGGUAGACUGGGAAGCCGAACUUUCAGCAUACAUGGCGUCUGGUUCAGCACCUUCUGCCACAUCCCUUGCAGGUGCCAACCCCGCGAUUGUAAGCUGGAGUGGUGACGGCUCCGACAAUUCACACCUAUUCCCUAUAGACCCCUGUCUACAGCAGUACGGCACUGAGGAACUGACAGCACCGCAUUAUUACAGUGGGACACCUCAUGGCGGCCAGGAGGGACCUUGGCAAUACUAAGGCAAAGGAAACGCCUCGUAUUACGCCGCGACGGAUAUAGAUAUCAAGGGUUAUAGAUUUUGCUUCCCAAGACAUAUGCUUCACAGAUUUAGAGAUAGCCAGCGUUCCUCUUUUUUAUUAAUUUCAAGUCAUCUUUUACGA